AUGCCAUCUGGGGUGGUUGCCCCUUCUCGAUCGCCUAGUGAGUCUUCAAGCGACAGCUCUUCUUUUGGCUAUUGUUCUUCCUUUGGUGGUGGGUCGCAAGGUGAGACUGCUCCCGAGGAGAAGGCUCGCAACGGAGUUUGCUUGCCUACCAGAGACAAGACCUCAUUGCCCCAAGAUAAUGUUAGGGUUGAGGACGCCACUCGUCUCAGGGAACCCCCACAGAAUUUGGGGGGUGGUAGUCCAGGCGUACCAGAAGUGGUGUUGAUCGACUUCCCCGUUGGGGGCGACCCAUUGUGCAGUGUUGCCGUAUUACUGCUUGCAGAUGGAGUUGCAACUGGAAAGGGGUCCAAUUCUGCAAACAUGUUUGGGGAUAGGAUGGUAUCCGUGCACAUUCUUGAUCCCAAUGUAAAUGUAGAGGAGUCGCUUUUUUACCACCGGAUUGUUUCCUGUAUUUUGAAUGCGCACCACUAA